CGUGAGUUCCUCAGGUCGGGGGAGCUGGUGGCAGCCCGUGUGAGGGGGGAUCCGGCCGCGUGUGGGGGGCUCCGAGCAGCACCUGGUGCAGCGCUGACUGACUGAGGCCUCAGGACAGCCUGCAUGUGUUUAUGCUGUCUGUGGGAAGUUCGACGUGGCAAGAUUUUGUGUGAGUGAGUAAGCGGUGGAGGAAGUCGUUUCCCCUGGAUGCUGUCAUAGCUGAAGGUUCCUGAAGAUAACUCGAAACUUGGAAUGAGAAUAUUGCCAUCAUGAGUCAACAAGGUUAUGUUACAGCUCCUCCUUAUUCCCAAUCCCAGCCAAGAAUGGGAGGCUUUUCUGCAGGCUUUGGACCACCUAAUUCUGCACUUCAUUAUGGGCAUUAUGGAGAUCCUAACUCCUCACAUGCAGCACCUCAACCAGGUAUGUCGAAACCAACUGCGCCUCUUGGAUCUCCAGCUCCUCUUGGGCCUCUACCACCUGGUACACAUCAGUUCAGCCAGAACAACUUCCAAAGUGGGCCCAGUGCAGCAGGACAACAGCCACAUAGGUUUCAGAGCCCUCCACCUCCAAACAAUACAGGACCUUCCUAUCCUCCCGGCGGUCUUCAGUCACAGCCAGCCUCCCAAAAUAUUGCAUCCGCUUCGUGUACAACACAACUUGCUAACCAGUUGAACAGCAUGCAGAUAAAUAGCUAUGGUCCAGGUGCUAUCCAGAGCUCUCACACAUCUUCUGGACAUCCAGCAUCUUUUCAGGGUCCACAGCCACUGACACAGCACCAAAUGGCCUUACCACCUGGACCACAGAUUCCUCCACCAGCUAAUAAUUUCAGUGGACUUGGUGCGCAGUCAUCGUUGCCUAGUAUGGCUAGACAAGAUGGGAUCCCUGGAUCAGGACUUCCUAAUCCUAACUUGCAGCAACUUUCAGGACAGACUCCAGGGCCUGGAUACCAUCCUCAGCAAGCAAACUAUGGCCCUCAGAUGGCAGGAUCUCAGCUGUCUUAUCCUGGUGCUUUUCCUGGAGGUCCAGCACAGCUCUCUGGUCCACCACAGAAGAAGCUUGACCCUGACUCCAUUCCAAGCCCAAUUCAAGUAAUUGAAAAUGACAGAUCUUCUAGGGGAGGGCAGAUCUAUGCUACGAACACAAGAGGACAGGUUCCUCCUCUUGUCACCACAGACUGCUUAGUCCAAGAUCAAGGCCAUGCCAGUCCUCGUUAUAUACGAUGUACUACCUACUGCUUCCCAUCAUCUUCAGACAUGGCCAAACAGGCUCGCAUUCCACUGGCAGCUGUCAUCCAGCCUUUUGCUACUGUUCCACAAAACGAGACACCUCUUUAUGUGGUAAACCAUGGUGAGGCCGGACCAAUCCGCUGUAACAGGUGCAAGGCUUACAUGUGUCCUUUCAUGCAGUUUAUUGAAGGUGGUAGGAGAUAUCAGUGUGGAUUCUGCAAUUGUAUAAAUGAUGUCCCUCCAUUCUUCUUCCAACAUCUGGACCACAUUGGCCGACGGGUAGAUCACUAUGAAAGGCCUGAGCUAUCUCUGGGAUCAUAUGAAUAUGUUGCUACUUUGGAUUACUGCAGAAACAACAAGCCUCCAAAUCCACCCGCUUAUAUCUUCAUGAUUGAUGUGUCAUACAGAAACAUAAACAGCGGCCUUGUUAAGCUCAUUUGUGACGAACUGAAGACUCUUCUUGAUAAACUUCCUAGAGAAGAGCAGGAAGAAUCCUCAGCAAUUCGAGUUGGUUUUGUCACCUACAACAAGGUCCUCCACUUCUUUAAUGUGAAAAGUAACUUAGCUCAGCCUCAGAUGAUGGUGGUCUCGGAUGUUGGAGAAGUUUUUGUUCCUUUGCUGGAUGGUUUCCUUGUUAACUUUCAGGAAUCACGAUCAGUUGUUCACAACUUGUUGGACCAGAUCCCUGAGAUGUUUGCAGACACUAACGAGAGUGAGACCAUCUUUGCUCCUGUUAUCCAGGCUGGCAUGGAGGCGCUAAAGGCUGCAGAAUGUGCUGGGAAACUGUUCAUCUUCCACUCUUCGUUGCCAACUGCGGAAGCACCGGGAAAACUGAGAAACAGAGAUGACAAAAAACUGCUCAGCACAGAUAAAGAAAAGACACUCUUCCAGCCCCAGGUGAGCUCUUACGAGUCCUUAGCCAGAGACUGCGUGGCUAACGGCUGCUGCGUCAAUUUGUUCCUCUUCCCAAAUCAAUACGUGGACGUCGCUUCCCUGGGCCUUGUCACCAUGCACACUGGAGGCACGUUGUACAAGUACAACAACUUCCAGCUCAAUUCUGACAGCCCACAGUUCCUAACUGACCUCAGGAGGGACAUAGAGAAAAAGCCGGCGUUCGAUGCAAUAAUGAGGGUUCGGACAAGUACAGGCUUCAGGGCUACUGACUUCUUUGGGGCCAUUUACAUGAACAACACGACAGAUGUAGAAAUGGCAGCAGUUGAUUGUGACAAGGCUGUGACAGUAGAGUUCAAACAUGAUGACAAACUGAACGAGGACAGCGGAGCCUUAAUUCAGUGUGCUGUCCUCUACACAUCAAUAAGUGGGCAAAGACGACUUCGCAUACACAAUCUAGGUUUAAACUGUAGCACCCAGUUAGCUGAUGUCUACAAGGCUUGUGAGACUGACGCACUUAUCAACUUCUUCGCUAAGUCAGCCUUUAAAGCUAUUCUAAGCCAACCGCUGAAGGCUGUCAGAGAGAUCCUGGUCAGUCAGACAGCGCACAUGCUGGCGUGCUACAGGAAGAAUUGUGCCAGCCCCUCUGCGGUGAGCCAGCUCAUCCUUCCAGAUGCAAUGAAGGUGCUGCCCGUGUACAUGAACUGUCUGUUGAAGAGCAGCGUGCUGACUGGGAGACCAGAGAUCCCAACUGAUGAGAGGGCGUACCAUCGACAGCUGGUCACGUCUAUGGGAGUAGCUGACACACAGCUGUUCUUCUACCCCCAGCUUCUGCCCAUUCACAACCUGGAUUUGCAGAGCGAUGCGAUGCCAGCUGCAGUGCGCUGCUCUGAGGAGCGUCUCUCAGAAGGAGGGGCCUUCAUUCUGGCCAACGGUCUGAGCAUGUUCCUGUGGCUGGGGGUCAGCACACCCCCCGAGCUCAUCCAAGGGCUUUUCAACGUGCCGUCUUUUGCACACAUCAGCACGGAGGCUCAGACGUUACUGCCUGACCUGGCCAAUCCCUACUCUAAGAAAAUUAGGUCAAUAGUGGAGCACAUCCAGAACCAGAAGCCCUACACUAUGAAGCUGAUGAUAGUGAAACAACGGGAGCAGCCAGAGAUGCUAUUCCGGCAGUUCUUAGUAGAAGACAAGAGUAUUCAUGGAGGAGCUUCUUACGUGGAUUUCUUAUGCUGUGUUCACAAAGAGAUCUGCCAGCUGCUCAAUUAAAGAAACUGGAAUAUAUGUAAUUUGCCAGUAACUUUCUGAUUUUGCAGGAGGGACAGUCAUUGGUGCCUGAAGGCUGGCCCACAGCUUCACUGUACCCAGACAUUCUGCUGUGCUUUACCAAACUUUCUGUGCUCUUUUUGUACAGUUCCAUUCCACCCAGCUGCUCACCGAAUAUUUAGUUUACUGAUUAAGCUGUAGAAUAGAAGUUCCACACUCAGGUAUUAAUCUUUGAGGAGUCCUGACUCUAAGUUGAAUUGCCAGAUUCCAAACUGUUGAUGCUUACGAGCACACGGGAUGCACUUGAAAAGUGGCAAAAUAUAAUUUAGAAAAUAACUAUUCCCAUUACUAGCCAUAAAUCCUUUAAAAGCCAGCGAAGAUGCUAAAAGUCUACACAGAAGGGAAAAGCUGUAAGAUGCUGCUUUUUGUACAAGGGAGCACACAGCUCAAUCAGUUUUGCAGCAGUGCUGCAGUUCACUUUGAGUAUUCACAGAAUCACAGAAUGACCCGGGUUGGAAGGGACCUCAAGGAUCAUGUAGUUCCAACCCCCUGCCUGGCAGGGCCACCAAACAUACACCUUUACUAGAUCAGGUUGCCCAGGGCCCCGUCCAACCUGGUCUUGAACGCCUCCAAGGCCCAACCUGGUCCUGAACACCAAAGUGUUGAAGAAACUUCAAAGCCCUGCGUGUAAAACAAACCUCUAGGGAAUAACCCCCUUUUUCCCAGGAAGGGCAAGUAUUAAUUUUCUACAGAGACAAAGCUCUGAGUGACCUACACCCACAGGUAUCUGGGACACAAAAAUGCCUCCGUUUUAUAACUGGACUUGAGUAAAUGAGUUUAACAGUGGACCACGAGACAAAGGUAGUCAAGUGUGCUGCUUCUAAGCUUGGUAGUUAAUGCCACACUGCGAAGGCACAAUCCUCCACUCUUCAGAGCAGCAAUUAAUCCAGCAUGCGAUUUAAUUACAUUUUCACAACUGAACAUGCCGUGCUUUAUUUAGCACAUGGUUAACUGGAAUAAAUCCCAGUACAACUCAGCCAACCUUCUGCCGCCCUCACAAUUACAGCGGCAGCUCAGCUCUAAGACAGCUGACAAAUUAACCAGAGGUGAGUUGCAGUGCUAUAAAAGGAAAGCCUCGUGUCUAACACCAGUCCUGUUACAGGGCCUGACUGAUCAAUAAAUGGUCAUCACUCUGAAAAAUAAACUUCUGCUACUAUCAAUAUUUAAGGUAGCAUUUAGAAAGCCAGUCCUUGGCAGGAAGUGCUGUUUACCUCAGUACUGCUUCAGUCUGUAGCUUUGGGACCAGUGCCUCUCACAUGGGAUUUGAACUUCUCCAAACCUGAAAAGCUAUUGUUACAAUUACCAGAAUUUCACAGAAGGCAAAACCAAAAUAAAACACAGCCUCGGGAGUGUGUGAGACGUGGGCCGCGUACAAAAAAAGUGCCUUUGAUCAUGUUAAUGUCUCUAAUCAGUAUUUAUCCUUUCCAUAGCUACAAUAAGCAGUGCAGUGCACAUUCGUGACAGCUUAUCAGCACAGCUGCAUCUUUGUGCACUGUGUAACUCUUAAAACAGACAGAUAUAUUACAAAAGGCUGCUCACACCCAAUCCAGCUGUCAAAAUGAGCACGUUGCUGAGGGCAUUUUACUUUGUAAAAAUUAUCUGUUGCCUUUCCAGAUCAGUGUACUUUGUAGAAAUGACACCAGCAACUCUCAAGUGU